CUGAUGCGGAGUGCACGGAAAAUUUGAAAUGUAGGAAGUUGUCGGUAAUACUAAGUUGCCCAACACACUCCAUGUUACAACAGUUCCUGUACUUUAUUGUUGCCGAGAUGAUGUGUUGCUCAAAUGUUCAAGGAUUUCAGCACCCAGUGACAGAUGCUCAAAUGAGUUAUACGGAUGUCCUCUGCAUGAAAAUGAUGGAAGUAAACAUGGAAAUUGAUAAGAAUGGUUUUCCAUCUGAUCAACGUAAUAUAUUUCUAGAAAACAUAUCGCUUUGUGGGAUGAUGGGAUAUUCUGACUUUUACAAGCCCAGGUGGUAUACAACCAUUCUGUCAUGGCAGCAAACAUCAGGUUGCUUUGACGUUAACGGUAAAUGCUCAAAACACCAGACUGUCUUUGGAGGAGCAGCUCUGGUUGGUUUUCUCCGUUUCUAUGCCACUAAUGAUGGCUAGACCAUCGUAACAUCAC